GAAACGUGGCCAACUUCGAGUUACAUCUGUGAAAGUCAAUUAGAAAAUUUUUUGCUGUUAUCUCUGGAUUAUCCAAUUUAUGUGGUGUCCGCCACGCGAUUUUAAAUAAUGCGGUGUGCGUUCCAUGUCCAAGCGUUCGAUCGAAACUAAAUCAACCGCCUGUCAGCCAGCAACAUUCGCACCAACGUCAGUCUAAUUUGGAUGCUGCAGGUCUUCUGAAUCACCAGGAAUGAUACGUCAUUUGCUUCUAAUGUCCGGACUUGGCUCUUCUUGCACAAGGGAUUGCUCAGGAAGGGGUGAAUGUCACAAUGGUACGUGUAUGUGCGAGAUACGUUUCACGGGCGAGCUGUGCGAUGGCCCCAAUCUGCCCUAUCACGCGGGCAUCGGCGGUGUGUUCCUCUUCAUCGGAUUCGUGUGUGCUGUGCAGCUGGUCAUGUGCAUCAUAUGCGAGUACCAGAGACUCAAGGCUCCCACAUUUCUGCGGGCAUGCAAGAUAACCAAUCAGAAGUUCAUUUAUUUCGCCUCGUUUUUGGCCAGUGUUAUUCGGGGUGCAUAUUUUAUUUCUCCGGAUUCUUUUAAAUAUGGAUGGUCAGCUGGUUUAUUGUCAUCAUACUAUCCACUGUUGAUGUCCAGUGCUUCUUUGAUAGUUUGCUUUUGGGCAGAGGUUUUUCAUUUAGAGAGGAUCUAUUGGGAGAAACCUCAGUUCUUAUCAAAAAGUUUUUUGGGAUUUCUCACAUUCAACGUUAUAAGUUAUAGCUUAUUGUUAGCUGAAUUUAUUACCAAUUCAUUGGCGAAACCACCGGCCGAUGAUCCAAGUUUAUUCAAACAUCUGUUCAACGGAUGUUACGCUGUUUUAAUGUUCAUCGUUGUUAUAUUCUUCUUGAUCUAUGGCGUAGAGGUUUACUUUAAGGUAAGAGGUCGUUUCGUAACGCAACCGUUCCAACUUACCAGAAAUUCGCACGAAGCUGAACCGCUUCAGAACGACAAUAGCAACGAGUUGCGACCUCAGAUAAACUUAUCGCAGUUACAUCAGUCCCGAAUAGGACUUAUCAGUCAGGCGUUGAUGCUGAUCACGGUCGUUGGAUUCCUGUUUUCAGAGACGUUGUCUGAGUUUUGGAAGACCAAGGUUCCGAUAAACUCACGAAAUUUGCACGACGUGAUCUUCCGGGUGGCGGAGAUCGGUGUUGCCGUAUGGUUCCCGGCCGUACUUUGGAAUUGCAUGCAGCCCUCUGAAUUAUGGAUUCUCAAUCCGAGGAAGCUUCUGACGAAACUAGACCAUCAAAUGGGCGCGGACGCCGCUCUGGCCGACGUCAACAAGCAGUCGGUCGAAAACGAAGAAGAGGUUGUUUUGGACAAGCGGGAAUGCUGGAUAUGCUACGAUUCUGACAAAACGGACCAGCUGAUACAACCAUGUGCCUGUACCGGAGACGUCUCCAGCGUCCAUCACGAUUGUUUACGAAGGUGGCUAAUGGAGAGCUCGUCAUCCACUUCUGGCCCAUUGCGGUGCAAGGUCUGCAAUUACGAGUACGACAUUUGCAGUACCACCAAAGUUGAAUGGGACAGGGGAUUCACUUACCAACAUUGGGGCAGCACCGCCUUCAUUGUCACCUGCCUCUGUAUGGUCGUUGCUGUUGCUUGGAUUAUCAUCCAACUCUACGACAACAACUACAUACGUAUGCUCAGUGCAAGUGUUGCACUACUCAUGAUUUACAUUUGCAUCAAGUUUUUGGGACAGAACACGUUGAGCGCGUAUCAGCGGGCGAAAGUUGCUGCCCUGAAUAUCGGCAAUCACGUAACAACAAUUAGCGGCAAUGUGAAUGUAGAUGCCGGAGAAUCUCCGUCUUCUCAAACGAAUCUUUAAUGCCGAUCGUGUCCGAUUAAUUUUUCGGCGAAACGAAUAAUCUUGAGUGAGAUUCUUAUCAAGAGUAGUUUUAAUCGGCCUGAACUAUGUUUUUCGUAGAAUAUAGUUCGGAAAAUAGUGAUAUGUGAUAAUUUCAAUUGUAUUAUGUAUAUAUAAUUAGGAAUCAUAGAUAUUUUAGUUAAUAAUGUGCCCGUUUUUGAAUCAAAUUGGUUUAGUUAUAUUUUGUAAUUUGAUGAUCUUAUUUUUGUUGUUUUGUUUUAUUUGACUUGUUUUAUUAUUCUAUAAACUGGGAGGUACAUGUUUCAGUAAUUUUAAGAAUUGUUGAAGUAUCUAACUUGUCCUGUUAUACUCUGUUCUUCACUAUGCACCUUUGUUUGAAGUUUGCUGUAUUGUACAUAGUUUCAAAAUAAUAUUUUUUAAUCAAUUAUGUAUACAAUUAUUGUACUAGAAAACCAUAAGUAACUGUUUACUUAGAUUGACUUAAUAAUAAAAUGCCAAAAAUGUACGUACUAUUAUAUUAGGCUAUACAUAUAUAAAUAUAUGACUAUUAAAGAACUGUUUUAUCCUAA